AUGGCUCCCAGAGUAAAUAGUGUGGCUUGGGAGCAUUUUACGGACAAAGGGCAACAAAUGGCUGAGUGUAAUAUUUGUAAAAUACAACUGAGUUUUAAAAGUUCUGUAUCAAACCUUACAAAACACAUUAAACGUAAACAUCCAUUCGUAAAUUUAGUCAGAAACAACGACGUUCCAGCGCCAGUGAUGACAUCUCAGACUAACCGGCAACCACCAAUAUCUGACCAAUCUGCUGGAAUAGUUCAACAACCUGAAGAGAAUCGCAAUAGUUCCCAAAUUCAAAAUGAAGAGCAACAGCUAUCGGAUCUAGAAGCAAAUCCUCUACCUCAGCCACAAAUUAAUUUAGUAUGGCAGCACUAUGUUGAAAAAAUGAAAAAUAUUCAACCCAAGGGCACGGCAACUUCUCGAGCGAUUUUAGAUGUUCAAAGAUAUUUGGACGAUAAAGUUGUUUUGCCAUGUGAGAAUAUGUCACCACUAUAG